AUGAACUGCAGUCCAGAAAUCAUGGAUAGUGCUGUCGAUGUUGCUGCCCCAGAAACUAUCGCAAGCUCACAAGAACUGACCACCAACUUGACGACAUUAAAGCAAGUUCUUGAUGAUAGAUUUGCAAAAGUUUGCGGAAAGAAUAAAAUCUCAGAUUUUGAUAGACUUAAAGAUGAUAUCGGCAAGAUAAAAGAGCAUCAGACAGAGGACUAUUAUACCUUAACAGCAAUACUGAGGAUGGUAAAACAAUUACAAGGUAAAUAUGAUUCAUUUGACCCUGACUUUACUCUACAUGCUUAAUAAACGUCCAUAAAUAAGUCAACUUCACUACUGUUGUGAUUUGUAAAGUUUGGUCAAAUACAUAUACAUGAUUGUGUAUUAUCUUACAGGGGAUGCGCCUGACGAACAAAUUCCAGGAAGUUCCUCGCCAAAUAAGCAAAGGGAAAUGAAAAUCCAAUUUCCAAGUUUAAGAAAAAAUGACAUAAUAGUGAUUCAAGAAACUUCAAAUGUUCCUCAUCUUGGGGAAAAUUCUAGUGAUCGUGGGGAGAAUACUAAUCUUCUGAAUGGUGAACAAUCUCAAGACAAUCUCUCAGGUGACCUCAAGGGCUGGGUAGACUGUUAGCUUGAUACCACUUUAUAUAUUCAUUUUCUAAUUACCAUAUUUCUUUAUCAGGUUUUAGUAUAAUUACAAAGGUGAUUAUCGAAAAUUGUGGCCGCUGAUUGGUCAAGCGACCUCGGAUUAUUACGCGAUAAUCACCUAAGCGUUUUUUUCAAAAUGGCGGCGAGUUGUUUUGCCAAAGUGACAGAUGAAGAAAUAAGUAAUUUUAAAGAAAAUGCUGUACCUAAGAGCACGAAAGAAGAGACAAAAUUUGGCUUAAAAUUAUUUCGAGGUAGGAAACUAAGUUGGAAAAAUCUGCUUAACAUUAUUUCGCAUAAAACCGGCAUCGUUUUAUUUUAAAUUGCCGUACAAUUGUGAAUUGUCUAGACAUUUGUUAGUUACGUUUGUAAAAAUAUAUUUUCUACAGAUUGGUUUCAACAACAGUCAGAAUUCACAAAUGAGUUUGAAGACACGAGUAUUGACGAAAUGAACCGAAUUUUUAUCAAAAUUCUAUACUUUCUGUAAGAAAAAGUGAUAGGAAUUACUACAAAAAACAUCCUUGAAUCUUGAUGGCGAUACGAGCGCCUUCAUUGCGCAUACCGCUUUCUUUAUGAAUUUAAUUAAACGAUUUUCAAAAAAUUGAGAUGUGUUAUAUUAUUUUUUUCAAAUAAUCACCUUUGUAAUUAUACUAAAAAGCGAUAUUCACCUCUCCUUCGGCGAAUAAUUGUUAAAUAUAGCAACAGGCGGGCUGCGAGUGAGGGGCGAGAGCUGCAAAAAGUUCUUAUAUCGUUAUAUCCUCAUCUUUCGUGCACGUUAGGGUUAGGAAUAGAUUGUGAUUCGAGUUCUGAUCAAAACCAAAAACAGUAAUUAAAUACGUGCACGAAACAUGAGGAUAAUUAUUUAACAAGUAUUCACCGCAGUGGAGGUGAAUAGUGCAAAGGAAUAGUGCAUAUAUCACAAACGAAACAAAAACGACCAAAAAAAUUGUAUUACAGCUCUCGUAAUUAAAAUAGUUCAAUGCAAGCAAAACAGGCAGUAAUUACAGGUCUUUAGUAAUUUUAUUCAUUAGAUAUAGUUUUAAAAAAUACCUCUACAUAACCACAGUAAAACCAAAUGUUGUGGCUUCUUCUGUGAUUGGCGUAACCACAGCUUCGUUUAGUAAAACAUUUAUUCGUUUGUAUAACCGGGACAACUUCACUACUGUUGUGAUUUAUAAAGUUUGGUUCAAUACAUUUACAUAUAUAUAUACAUGAUUGUCUAUUACCUUACAGGGGGUGAACCUGACGAACAAAUUCCAGGAACUUCCUCACCUGAAACUUCAAACGUUCCUGAUCGUGGGGAAAAUUCUAGUGAUCGUGGAGAGAAUACUAAUCAUCUGAAUGGUGAACAAUUUCAAGGUAAUCUCUCAGGUGACCUCGAGGGCUGGGAUACAAAUAGCAUACAUAGUAUCAUGUACUUAAGGGCUGUUCAUAUGGAGCCGGGCUGGCCCGAUUAACCAGGAUGACUCGUUUAAUAAAGCUCUUAUCACGGCUUUGAUAAACAACCAAGAUAACAAUUCAAAGUUGAAUUAGCUUAGUUUGAUUCCAGUAACAGUAUAAAGUUCAUUCAAACGAUAUUUUAUGGUCAGUAAAACAUUUUGUGACACGAUUCAUCCCGGCUGUAGCAGGCUCAUGAACAGCAUCUUAGUUAGCCUGCGUGGCAGGCGGUAUUUCUACAGGCAGCGAAAAUUAGGGAGGCAAAGGAAAUGCCGGCCGUUAGGGUUAGGAAUAGGUUGUGAUUGGAGUGCUGAUCAAAACGAAAUACUGUAAUUAAAUACGUGCACGAAACAUAAGGAUAUUUAACAAUUAUUCACCGCAGUGGAGGGUGAAUACUGCAAAAGAAUAGUGCAUACAGCUAUUUCAAUUAAGGUAGUGAAUUUUUUAGCGAUUCCCAGCAAGCUUUUCGCACUCGUAUUCGACUUUUCCGCUUUGCUCGGGGACAACCUUAAUUGAAAUAGCUGUAUACCACGAACGAAACAAAAACGACCAAAACAUUUGUAUUAUAGCUCUCGUAAGCAAAACAAUGCAAGCAAAACAGGCAGUAUUUGCAGGUUAUUUGUAAUUUUAUUCAUUAGAUAUAGUUUUAAAAUUGUAUUACAGCUCUCGUAAUUAAAAUAGUUCAAUGCAAGCAAAACAGGCAGUAUUUACAGGUUUUUAGCAGGCCUGCAUAAUAUAGCGGACCGCGGGACCAUUGGUCCCAGAAAAUGUUUGAGGUUGGCAGAAAAAAAUGGAGGGUAAAACUUAAAAGUCUCAAAAGAAAAAAGUAAAGAGAAAGAAAGAAAGGAAGAAAAUAAGAAAAAAUGACAUAAUUGAAUAAUAAGCUGUAGGUAGUGAACUAGUGAUGUUUGCAACAUGCAAGUAAUACAAGUUUCCAAUAUACCGGUACAGGCGCCACUCCAGCAGCCUGAUAUUAUGAUCAAAGACAGGCAGACAGCCAGGGGCGAAACUAGCCCCUUUUAAUUAGGGGGGUGUCUGGCAGAAUUGCCCUGCCAAAACCAGUGAUGCGCUGCCAAAAAGUACCAAAAAAAUUUUUCCGGAAAAAUUAUUUUGGCGACCUCCCCCCCCCCCCCCCCCCCCGUCGCCAAAAAAAUUUCGGUCUGUGUACCAUUUUAGGGGUCAAAAAAAUUUUCCGGACAACCUAUAUUUUUCGGAACAUAACACAAAUUUUCGAAAAAUCACACAAUUUGCGAAAAAAUUCACUUAAUUUUAGAUAAAAUUGACUGAAUUUGUCCCAUUUUUUUUUUCAAACCAAAAUUGCCCGACUGUUGAUCGAAUAUUGCCCCCGCCCGGUACGCCUAUGUGCUAUCAUUUAUUUAUAAGAGACCUUUGAUUGCCCUGCCAAUCGGGAUGAUUCGUAUUUUGGGGGGUGUAACACCCCCCCCCCAUACCCCCCUCAAGUUUCGCCCCUGCAGACAGCAGUCUAGCAGAUAUUAAGAUGAAAUCCUCUAUGCGGUUAUAAUUGAUUUCAUCUAGUGUAUUAGCUACUUCUGAAAAUACCACUCCAGUUAUAUAUGAAUACAACUCAUUUAACAACUACAGUAUGUGGAUUAAAAGUCUAUGAGUGUGGUGAUUUCUUACAAUGUAGUAAAAAAUCUAAGCAAUAUGGUCCAAUACACAUUGAACAGCCUUCCGCCCUUCUCAUGAACCUUCAUCCAUUAAAUUAAGAUGAUAUUCAUAACAAAUAUAUUAAAAUUAUAAGAAUCUAGAAUCUUAAACUGCAGACAGUUCCCAUUGGUCACUUUCAUCAUUCAUUAAAAUGUAAAUGUUUGUUGUUAAAUUAAAAUAUAAAGAAUAUUUAUUCUGUAGCCAUGUUGAAAUACGUCUACCCUCAGUACCCUGCUGGCAGUGGUUUUGGAGCUGAGGAGAAACCACUGCGAGCAAACAAACGACUUUCUAUCGAGCAUGCACAAAGAUCACAGGGUGGGACAAUACUAAUUUGACUUCAUUUGCUGUAGUUUGACAGUUUAUUAUCUGUACGUAAAAAAGCGUGGCAUAGUACUGUUUUCUUUGUUGUCUGUCUGACUUUUUAUUCUACAUGCAGUUCACAAUUUACUUCUAAAAGAUUUUGAAAUCGGUGCCUCACCGCUACAAAUUGUGCAUUUGAAUUUCUGUUAUAUCUUUUUCAAUUUUUGUAUUUAUCUGAUCAAUAUCAAUUUUUUAAAUUCGGUCUGCAAACUUUAUUUGUGUUAAGGUUUUCGAUAAAUUCCAAUUUCCAAAGUUUCCAAAUAAUAUAAUAAGGUUUCCAAUUAUUGUUGAUUUUGACAAUAUUGCGAUUUUUGAUCGUCGCGACCUCAACUGCUACAAAUUUCAACUGAUGAAAGAUCGUCACAACGGCACUACUAUUUCUGUAAAAGGUGUUCAUUUUUUGUUGCAGUGUGUGAAUUUAUAGUUACUCUGUCGAACUGUAUAGGCGGUUUUCAAGUCAUCUUAAUGUAUAAUUUCAAACGUUUUAUUCAAUAUUUUGUAAAGUUAUAAUAUUUUGUAAAAGGUAGUGCAUAUAUGGCUUGUUACUAUAUUUAGAGCAUGAUCAUGUUGUUUUAGUACAACUGGCUCGCAUUUUACUAGCAGUGCCAAGCAGUUACCCAUGCACACAAUAACGAAAACUUGUCAAACUUGUUUUACUGGUUUCUCAUUUAAUGUAUUCGUCCAUGAAUCUGGACGGCGGCUACAAUGAAAUGCUCGCAGUGGUUUUUCCUAGAAGCUCAGCUAGAAACCACUGCUAGCUGGGUAAAAUACGUCUAUUUUGGUUUCAAAUCUAAUGAAAUGGUGCAUAGAAUACACUGAACCUUGUGUAGUGAUGAUCAAAUUUAAACAAAGAUUCACAGUGUUUGCAUGCAGAAAAUAUUUUUGUUGGCUUUGUGGUCCCAGAAAAUAAAAUAUUUUAUGCAGCCCUGGUUUUUAGUAAUUUUAUUCAUUAGAUAUAGUUUUAAAAAAUACCUCUACAUAACCACAGUAAAACCAAACGUUGUGGCUUCCUCUGGGUUUGGCGUAACCACAGCUUCGUUUAGUAAAACAUUUAGUCGUUUGUAUAACUGGGACAACUUCACUAUACUGUUGUGAUUUGUAAAGUUUGGUUCAAUACAUUUAUAUAUAUAUACAUGAUUGUCUAUUACCUUACAGGGGGUGAACCUGACGAACAAAUUCCAGGAACUUCCUCACCUGAAACUUCAAACGUUCCUGAUCGUGGGGAACAUUCUAGUGAUCGUGGAGAGAAUACUAAUCAUCUGAAUGGUGAACAACUUCAGGGUAAUCUCACAGGUGACCUCGAGGGCUGGGAUACAAAUAGCAUACAUAGUAUCAUGUACUUAAGGGCUGUUCAUAUGGAGCCGGGCUGGCCCGAUUAACCAGGAUGACUCGUUUAAUAAAGCUCUUAUCACGGCUUUGAUAUAUACAACCAAGAUAACAAUUCAAAGUUGAAUUAGCUUAGUUUGAUUCCAGUAACAGUAUAAAGUUUAUUCAAACGAUAUUUUAUGGUCAGUAAAACAUUUUGUGACACGAUUCAUCCCGGCUGUAGCAGGCUCAUGAACAGCAACUUAGUUAGCCUGCGUGGCAGGCGGUAUUUCUACAGGCAGCGAAAAUUAGGGAGGCAAAGGAAAUGCCGGCCUCCCUAAAACCGCCUGCCACGCAGGCUACAUCUUAGUUUGUAGACUGUUAUCCUGACCUCACUUAAUAUAUCCAUUUUCUAAUUACCAGAUUUCCUUAUCAGGUUAUAGCAGCAGGCGGUCUGGGGAGCUGUAACAAUGUUCUUAUACCGUUAAUCCUCGUCUUUCGUGCACGUUAGGGUUAGGAAUAGGUUGUGAUUGGAGUGCUGAUCAAAAUGAAAUACAGUAAUUAAAUACGUGCACGAAAUCAUGCGUGCCAUAGGCGUACCGGGCGGGGGGGGCGGGGGGGGGGGCGGCAGCCCCCCCAGUUUUUUGGGCAGUCGGGCAAUAUUCGAUCAACAGUCGGGCAAUUUUGGCUUGCAAUAAAAAAAAAUGUGACAAAUUCUGUAAAUUUUGUCUAAAAUUAAGUCAAUUUCUUGGCAGAUUUUGUGAUUGUUCGAAAAUUUUGUGUAUGUUCCGAAAAAUAUUGGUUGUCCGGAAAAUUUUUUUGACCCCUAAAAUGGUACACUGACCGAAAUUUUUUUGGCGACGGGGGGGGGGGAGGAGGUCGCCAAAAAAAUUAUUCCGGAUAAAAUUUUUUGGUACUAGUCGGGCAAAAUCCCGAAAAGUCGGGCAAUUUUCUUUCCGCCCCCCUAAUUUUUUCCUUCCGGUACGCCCAUGAUGCGUGCUAUCGUGUUCACCAAACGAAAUACAGUAAUAAAAUACAUGCACGAAACAUAAGGAUAUUUAACAAUUAUUCACCGCAGUGGAGGGUGAAUACUGCAAAAGAAUAGUGCAUACAGCUAUUUCAAUUAAGGUUGUGAAUUUUUUAGCGAUUCCCAGCAAGCUUUUCGCGCUCGUAUUCGACUUUUCCGCUUUGCUCGGGGACAACCUUAAUUGAAAUAGCUGUAUACCACGAACGAAACAAAAACGACCAAAACAUUUGUAUUAUAGCUCUCGUAAGCAAAACAAUGCAAGCAAAACAGGCAGUAUUUGCAGGUUAUUUGUAAUUUUAUUUAUUAGAUAUAGUUUUAAAAAAUACAGAGAACCACAGUAAAACCAAACUUUGUGGUUUCCUCUGUGUUUGGCGUAACCGCAGCUUCGUUUAGUACAAAAAUUAAUCGUCUGUAUAUAAACCGGUACAACUUCACUGCUGUUGUGAUUCGUAAAGUUUAGUCCAACACAUUUACAUACAUGAUUGUGUAUUACCUUACAGGGGGUGAACCUGACGAACAAAUUUCAAGGAGUUCCUCACCAGAAACUUCAAACGUUCCUGAUCGUGGGGAAAAUUCUAGUGAUCGAGCGGAGAAUACUAAUCUUCUGAAUGGUGAACAAGCUCAAGACAAUCUCUCAGGUGACCUCGAGGGCUGGGAUACAGAUAGCAUACAUAGUAUUACUUAG